CUAAUGUUUAACAGGUCAGUAUGUUGAUGUCAAAUCUCCCCAGUAACACUCAAACCAUGCUCAUUUUCACCGUACCUUACAGGGUACUCAGAGCAUAACGUGGACGUGCCCUGCUGAUCUUUUGGAAUUUGAGAUAAUGCCCAACAAAGCCCAGGAGGAUGCUGUGAUUAACCUGAAGACACUGCAGGAGAUUUCCAGUCAGCUUGGUUUUGAGUGGACCGUUCUGGCAUACGAGCUUGGCUUCAACAGAACUGAGAUUGGCCGGUUCCACGCCAGAUCAACAGAGAAGAGCGUGCAGGCCAGGACCAUGUUGGAGAGCUGGUAUGAGAAGUCAUGGGACAAGCCCAACAAGACCAAGCUGCUGCAGGACGGACUGGAGCGAGCCGGCAGGCGGGACCUGGCCGAAAGGCUGCGCUGUCUCCACUGGGGCCACCAGAAACUGAGCCGCAGGGUGGAGCUGCCCUCCGCCUUCCCCUUCAUCAUCACAGUCCACAAGACCAUCCACAACCAAGACGCACUACGAAGGAUCAACGACCUCAACCGUAGAUACACUUGAGUCUGGGCGUCAGUGCACCCAUAGUUGUGACUUUAUGAUAUAUUAUUAUUAUAUAUAUACACACAUAUAUAUAUAAAUAUAUACACAUAUAUAUACACAUAUUGUACGGAAUCUGUUCUGACUAUAGUAAGGAAUCUGAAAUAAAUAGUCUGAAGCUCACUGAAUAAAAUGAGACAUGGGAGAUCAUGACACAUUUUGUGUUGUAAGAAAUUAAAGCUUUUCAAUAAAGAAAAAAUUCAAAUUUCUA